AUGAGCCGACCGCAUUCGCCGUCUGAUGCCAAUCAGAACCCAGUCGUCGCUGAAACGACGCUUGAACGUCUUGUCCUUUCCGCCAGCACGCCGCAAGUCGAAGAGAUCGUAGAGCUCAAGCGCGCUAACGAGGUGCUCAAAGCUGAAAGAGAUGCAGCCGUAGCGCGAGCAACAAAGCCCUACACAGAUGUGACGCACGCAAAUCAUGACGCCGACCGAUCAGUCACCAGCGAAAGACACAGCGAUCAGAUGAAGACUUCUAUGCUCAUCAACAAUUACAAAAUGACCGCUGAGCACCUCAAAUUGUCUCUCGCACAGGCGCAACAGACCGAAAUCUGUGAUGAGCAUUUAAAGAUACUGGAGAACGCCAACGCUGCAGUUGAAGCUGCAUUUGCGCGACUGGAACAAUCUACUGCCCAGACACAUACCCAGGCGCAGAAUACCAUCCAAGCGCUCCCAAAUGGCACUGAACCCCAGAAAGCGCAAGGCACGUUGGAGGCGCACGGAAUUUGCGACCAACGCCUCGCCGAACUGAAGGACAAGAUGAACGAAAAUUCGCUCAAAGCCGACGAGAGGGUAUUGCAGAUCCAGAAAUCACUUCAAUCCGUCACGGAUGAGAACAAAGGGCUCAGGAAACAGCUCCAAAAAACUUCGGAGACGUUAGAGUGGUACAAAGCGCACUCGAAGCGCCUAGUCGCGCAGAGUGGAGGUACGCAGAGUUCACAAGUAGCUACAGGCAUUCAUGCCAGUUUUCCGGUGCAGUCUCAACGCGGUUCUGUACCAGCAAAGACACCUACCAAGCGUAGGAGGUCCAGCACAGAGUGUGCCACUCCGGUCGAACGCCUGAAUAAUUACUCUACGCCGCGCAGGUCAGCGUUUUCGGGUGGCCGUAGUCCAGCACCCAUGACAGGCUCCGUAGGAGGAGAACACCGAUUUCCACAUCAUUCUAUGACACCAACUCGACAGAGCUCAAAUGUUCAUCGUUAUCAGCACGCGAACAUGUACCCAGGCCCCAUUCAGCCAUACAGUCAACCCCAGGCUCAAACACAGCCGCCGUUCCCGUUUUUUGGGAGCCCUCAAUACCAUCAGUAUUUCAUGAAAUUCUUUGAACAGACGAAUUUAUUGAGAUCAAACUCCGGUCUGCCUCCAGCGAGUCCCGAAGACGUUGUACCACUCUUCAACGAUGUCAUCGCUCGAAGAUCCCACCAACAGGAAUUGCAUGGAGUACCUUACCCUGGUGGCGGUGUACCGAUGCUACCAAACCACCCAGGAGCUGGAACUCAUCCUUUCAGCCAGGGAGGGAACAUGCAAGGACGGUUCUACACACCAUCUCUGUCUCCGUUGGCACCAUUCGACCUCGAAAAUCCACAGUCAUUGACGGCGCUCCCUUCACUGUCCAGUGGACAAAACGGAUUUCAAUACCAGCAAAUGCAGCACCAGUUCCAGGGCCAAUCUAUAUACCCUCAAAGCGGCGCGCAGCACAAUGUCCAGCCUUCCGGGCUUCUCAAUGGCUUCGACUAUUCAAGCCUUCCCGACAUCUCCAGCAUUGGUGACGACGCUGGAGACGAUGGCGUUGGUAAUGCGGACGCUGGACUUGCGUAG